GUGACGUUUUACGCGUGCAGGUCUCAGGCGAAGUGUUCAUUGUUGUAAAGGGAGUCGGUCUUGCUGAAAAUACAGGAAGGGAAAGCCUGGUGGAAGAUGCUCCGUCUGCGCUGCAAGGCCAAGAAUGGGACUCACAUGAUGCAGGGCCUGACCCUCCAGUCCUGCGUGGAGGAGCUAAAGAGCAAGGUGGAGGAGCUGACGGGCAUUCCCUGCGACGUGCAGAAGAUCAUGGUGGGAUUCCCCCCCUCCAGCCUGGAUCUCCGCAGCGGGGACUCCCUCCAGGACUACCCCAUCAAGUCAGGAGACACCCUUAUAGUGGAGGAGGAGAAGAACAAACCGCGGCCCCAGGCCAAAGCGGCGGUGCCCAGGGCUGGAGCGCCCCCGGCCAAGCCCCAUCUGGAGCCCGGGCCCACUCUGGCCCGACGGGUGGUCCCCGCCGACAACUCCUGCCUGUUCACCAGCGUGUUCUACGCCAUAGAGGGCGGGGUCUAUGACCCGGCCUGCGCCCCCGAGAUGAGGGGCCUCAUCGCCCAGAUCGUGGCCAGCGACCCGGCCUCGUACUCCGAGGCGGUCCUGGGCAAGAGCAACGAGGAGUACUGCGCCUGGAUUCGCCGGGACGACACCUGGGGCGGGGCCAUCGAGGUGUCCAUCCUGUCCAAGUUCUACCGCUGCGAGAUCUGCGUGGUGGACACGCAGACGGUGCGCGUGGACCGCUUCGGGGAGGACGCGGGGUACCGCAAGCGCGUGCUGCUGAUCUACGACGGCAUCCACUACGACCCCCUGCAGAGGGAGGCGCCCGGCUCCCACGCCCCGCCCCAGACCAUCUUCCCCGCAGCCGACGACAUCAUCCUGGCGCAGGCUCUGGAGCUGGCGGACGAGGCGCGCAGGAAGCGGCAGUUCACGGACGUCAACCGCUUCGCGCUGCGCUGCAUGGUGUGCCAGACGGGCCUGGUGGGGCAGGCGGAGGCCCGCGAACACGCCAAGGAGACGGGGCACACUAACUUUGGAGAGGUGUGACGGUCCCCCCCCCCCCCCCCCUUUCCCCUUUACGACUCCAUCUGCUGUAUGUGCACCUGCACACAUACACCCGUAUAUACAUGCACACACACACACACAUACACACGCAUAGAAUUCAGACCCAUCAGUCAUCUGCCACAGAAAGUGUCCAUCUGUACUGGAGGCUCAGUAAUAGUUCGAUAAGUUCACUUGGCUGUGCACCUUUGGUCUUCAGCACAACAGGCUAAUUGUGUGCAGUGUGGCCAGCAAGUGACAGCAGGCCUUUACCCUCAUUAAAAUAACAGACCAUCUCCACCUCUCUCUCACACACACGCACGCAAACUAACCCCCUCACUCUCACACACACACACACACACACACACACAUCGUCCCUGUCCCUCUCUGUCUGAACUCAGAGGUGUGUUUCUACCUCACCCCUUCUUGGAUUCACUAGUUGGAUGUUGUCUUCAGACACCACUGCCCAGCCUCACUGUUACCAACCCUUCAGUGUUAACAGUUGCAGUUUCCACUUUCAGCUUCAUCCACAAUCCCAUAUAACAUAUUUAUUCUGUAUCCUGGAUCAUUUGCUGUCCUUUGUGCUUUGUUUUGCAUCUAGGCAAGUGAUCUCUAUUCCUGGUCCUGGAGAGUCACAGGGUCUGCUGGUCCUAGCUGGUACCCUGCAUUCAAUUGUUCAGUCAGUUACACAGUUGACACAGCUGCGGCUCUCCAGGACCAGGAAUGAAGAUCUUGGUCAUAUCCUGUUAUGUAUGAGGUGUUUUUCAGGUUUGUGCUCAUCUGAAAAAUCAGUUAUACCAUAACUGACCUUAUGGAUCUGAAAGAUCAGUUGUACCAUAACUGACCUUAUGGAUCUGAAAGAUCAGUUGUACCAUAACUGACCUUAUGGAUCUGAAAGAUCAGUUGUACCAUGGCUGACCUAAUGGAUCUGAAAGAUCAGUUGUACCAUAACUGACCUUAUGGAUCUGAAAGAUCAGUUGUACCAUAACUGACCUUAUGGAUCUGAAAGAUCAGGUGUACCAUGGCUGACCUUUUGGAUCUGAAAGAUCAGUUGUACCAUGGCUGACCUUAUGGAUCUGAAAGAUCAGUUGUACCAUGGCGACAUGAUGGAUCUGAAAGAUCAGGUGUACCAUGGCUGACCUUAUGGAUCUGAAAGAUCAGUUGUACCAUGGCUGACCUGAUGGAUCUGAAAGAUCAGUUGUACCAUGGCUGACCUGAUGGAUCUGCAAGAUCAGGUGUACCACGGCUGACCUUAUGGAUCUGAAAGAUCAGGUGUACCACGGCUGACCUUAUGGAUCUGAAAGAUCAGUUGUACCAGUUGUAUGGAAGCGAGCGAUCCUGCUCAAAGUUCUCAAUACCAAGUGCAAUAAUAGUAUCACCAUGGCAAUGCAGUGUGCCAACAAACUAAUGUUUUUUGUUUCAUUAGUACUGUACUUUAAUUUUACCUCGCCUCCCACAUCAGCAAACUAUUGAUGCAUCACAUGAUAAAAUAUACUUAAGAGGCUUAAUACGCAACAUAUAUAGACACAUCAUUCUUUUAUUUAAAAGGAAAAAAACUUGAAAAUAGCAUUCAGUAGCAUGAUAAGCUCAAUGUUUUGAUACAGCCUCAUCGUGUGUUUGAGUCACCAUUCACCCUGUUAUUAGUACUACUUAGAGGGGGGUACAAAUGUGUAAGCUGCUCCCAAAAAUUCCCCUCUGAAGUAAAAGUGCACAACUACAGUAUGGUCAUGUGCUUUUUUCAUUUUACACACACCGAUUUUAGCCUUUGAAACCACAAGUGAAUGGAUGAAAUCCUCAGCUGUACACAUUUGUCUCCAUUUGUGAAAUAAGUUGUAGCUUUUAAGAGUAUAAAAUAACAAGAAGUAUAAGAUCCAAUCUUAUUACAAUAGAUAGAGGGGCAGAAUCGUUUUGUAAAAGUUUGCAGAGUGGUGUUAAUUAUGCAACCCAUGCAUUUAGUCCACUUAUAUCCCGCGCUGAGUAUUCUGUAUUCUGUGUCAUGGGCUUUCUUUGAGCAACAGACAUGUAAUGGAUUUUGUACAGCUCAUGUGGAAGGGUGCAGACUUUUGGCACAUACCGUAUGUGUUGACUUGAUGCAGAACAGUACCUGUUGGGCAGCAUAUCUAACCCGGAUGCUAAGGCAUUUCAACACAAGCUGGACUGCUGUGCUGAAGACACACAACACAGGGCAAAUUUUCAUUGUUGGAACACUCAGGUGAAAAAUAUGUGAAAUGCGGAAGCCAAAUGAAUUUGGUAAGUAACUUAAGGCCUUUCCAUAUCUUAGGCUGAAGUUAAUAGUAAGACUGUACUUGCUAGAAAUGCUAGUGUCCUUCACUGACAGACUGGCUGAUUGAGUGACUGAGUGACUCCCCUCGGCAGCAAAUAAGAGUACCUCAUUUCACUCCUGUAUGUCCAAAAGACUGACAGUGCUGCUGGAGUCCCUGAACUGGUUAUUCAUAUUUUUCUGUCAUCAUAGAUUGGAAGGAUGAUGGUAUGAUGAAAUAUGCCCAUUGUUUGCCAAAUGGGAGCAAAAACUUUAGACAGUGUAGUAUGUUUUACCAUUGUUCUGGAACGAACAGUUUACAAGUGUGUGUACUUUUCUUCUUGUUAGUAUGCUAUUGUACAGGGACAGUGUGUUGUAGUAUUGCAACAUUCUAUUUUCAGCUGCACCGUCACCUUUCAUGCCUUCAAGGAAGUUUCAAAUGGAAAUUUUAACCCAAGCCCCAGUGUUACAGUACAAAGACCGGGAGCAUUUCAAAGAAAUACAUUUGAUUGAAAUUUGAUUAAAUGUUGAUUAUUGUCAGUGUUCCCGCUUUUUUGCCUAUCAUUACGUGUGAUCUUAGAUAAACCAGUGUUUGUUCCUUUUCAAGGUACAAUAUUAUAAUCAUAGUGGUUGCCAUGAUUCCAGUGUUUAUGUAUCAAGGUGUCAGAUCCAUCAGCAUCAUAUGCAUGCUUGCAUAUAUCUUUUGGUGGGCAGUUUAAUACGUUCAGCAGCAGGUACAGUAUGCCAUUUAACUGUCAUCCGCUUGUUACGUAGCGCCAAUGAAAUGAAAAUGAUGGUGAUUUUAAAUGCAUGGAUAUAUGAGUGCAGAUACCUGUUCAGAGAUGGUUGCACACAGCUAAUGAAUGUUGCAUGUGAGACACUAUACAGAUUGUACUUGAUUCCCAAUAUGCUGUCACAAAAAAAAAUGAUUAAGCUUCGUUCUUUGUGCAAAACGUCGUCGUCAUUGUUGGUUUCUUGGCCGAUCACCUAUGAUUCUUACAAGUAUGUUGUUCUGUAAUGUGGUAUAUGUUGCAUAUUGGUGCUGAAUGCAUUGCCUCAUUACUAUGCUGCAAGUUCAACUUUUGACAUGUGUUAUCCUCAGACUACCCUUAUCAUGUGAGCAUACAUAGGACCCACCUCAUAAAGCUUUUUCCUGUCUGUUGUAAACACUUGAUGUGGAGUUGUAUCGCUCAGGACAUUCUCGAACGGAGCUGACACAGUGGAUGUGUGAUGGACACACGCCAGCCUGAACGGGAGAGACCGCACUAGUUCUGUAGGAACACCUGUUCGUUUAAGGUGGAAACGAAUCGAUUACUUACAAAUAUGUACUGCUUAUGCAAGAGUGAACUGUAGAGGAUGGUUGUUUUUUUGUUGUUGAGGUGUGAGCAUUAUUCUUUGGAAAAGGUUGAAAUAGUUUGGAAAAGGGAAAUAGCCAGAAAAAUUGCUUUUGAGAAUUGCAGUAGUGGACAUUUUAGAAUGGGUAGGUUUAUGGGUUCAAUUCACUUUUUUUGUUUUGGUGAGAAAUGCAAGCCCCUGUUGUCAUAACCUGGUGCUUUGUACUGCCCUUGGGACAUAACUGUAAUGAGUAUUAUUUUAUAUUUGCUGGAAAUUAAUACAGGUGCAGUGCAAAUCAGGGCAAAAUGGCCCAUCAAUAAAAUAUUCUGAAAUUA